UCAACGAGGCGCAAUGUACUCACAAUACAUUACAAUAGUUUUAAUCUUGGCUGUCGGUUUCACUUCCAGUGCUACGAUCACCCGUGUAAAGCGUCAACAGUUCACACCACUAGAAUCAUGCACCGUUUCCCAUCAAGAAAUAGAAGAGUUGAUCCGCCUCACCAAAAAUCUAAACGCUGCCAUUGAAAGUGUCCAAGUGGAUAUCCGUUCCGGUUUUGACGAAGAAGCUGCCAAUCGUGAUCAGUGCUCCAGGCAGCUAGGACAGUUUCGAGGUACAGUGAAGAACGUCAUUCAGGGCUACAAAACCAUCGAUCGAAACACAAUGAGCCAAGCGCAGUACGAUCGAGCGAAGGCACGCUAUCAGGGUGAUAUUCAGCGUCUGCUGCGAAAGAUAGAUAAUUUAAAACGCGAUGUGGAGGACAGCUAUCGCGGGGAAGUGGACAAAUUGCGCAGCAAUAUGCAGGAAUUCAAGUCCCAGUUGGAUGAUAAUCUGAGCCUGUUGGAACAAGAACGUGCCAGGAGCAGAUCAGCAUUUGUACGAUUGUGUAUUGCAAACGUCCGGGCCAGAAGAAUCAAGGACGCUGUAGAGGAUUUCCAAACUUUGAGUGACCGUCCGUACGAACCAAUAGUGACGGAUGUCUAUGAAAAUGAACCGCAAAAUGCUGAUUUAGUGAUGGACUUUUUAGAGGCCAUCGAUUUAUACUAUGAGCCCAUAAGCGGGUACCAAGUCCUGUAUCAACAUAUGAACCGAAAUAACCAGCUUGGUGGACCCAGUGGGCGAAGACUAUUGCUGCAUUUGAUGGCCCUAUCAACGGCGGACGACGAGAACUCCCGACGAGCUCAAAAAUUGUUGAGCGAAUUCAAAUCGGAUGUGCACUGAACAUGAAUUAAAACACGUUUACCAAUAGU